AUGGCUCCAGGUAUCCGGAUCGUUGGGUCGCAGGUGACCAACUGCGACGUGGCAUUGGAUGAGACUUUCAUGCCUUGCCCAGUUGCACACGCCUUGGACAUCCCGCUCAUGGUCAAGCGUGAGAGUGGCCCUGGAGCGCACUGCGAUUUCCACGUGGCCGUCCGUUUCAUGACAGAUCCACGGACUGGCUUAGCCCCAAUGGACGGGCAGUACGGAGGCAUCAUGGGGCCAGUCCCCCUGUCAUCGCUGCCCGCACAGAUGGCAUACCCUUCACAAGUGCAGGCUGGGCAGGGCUUGAUGAUUUCAUCACCAGCUUCUUUGACGAUGGUCCGCGAAAAGCAACACGCAUGCACUUGCAUCGCUGCCUCCGGAAUAGAGCGGACAUACUUGACCUGUCACCUUCCCUUGCUGCACGCUUCCCAAAAGGUCUUCGUGUGA